AUGAGUCAAUGGUCCGAACCAAGCAAAAAGAUAUUUGAAACUGCAGACGUAAAGAAUUUUGAAAAGUCGAUAGCAUUUCGUGAAUUACUGCAAGCGUUGAACAAGAUUAUCCUGGCUGUACAAAACGUCAAAGUACCACCAGGAGUUCUAAAUCCAACUAUAGUCUCUAGAGAUGCUGGGGUAGAAAAUAAAAGCAAUUCAGAUGCAACUACAUUGCGUGUGGAUAAAUAUCAAUUGAAUGUGAAGCAUUUGCUUAAAGUGCUACUGGAUCUUGAGCGCACAGUCGAUGAAACGCCUCCUGUGGCAGGACCUACAAGGUUUGGAAAUAUUGCAUUUAGAACUUGGCAUGAAAAGGUGAGAGAUGUUUUGACUUCAUUGGCGAAUCUACAACCACCUGAAGGUCUAAAUAUAGAUGACUUUUUAACUGAAGCAAAGUAUUACCUUGCUAGUUCAUUUGGAUCAAAGAUUCGAAUAGAUUACGGCACAGGCCAUGAACUUUCGUACUUGGCAUUUGUCGGGGCUUUAAUGCGAUAUGAUAUCAUCAAGUCUCCGACGGGAGAAGAGCUUUUGAUCUUAUUUUCUAAAUACUACGAUCUCGUUCGUCGUUUGAUCCUCGUUUACAAUUUGGAACCAGCUGGCUCUCAUGGGGUUUGGGGAUUGGACGACCAUUUUCAUUUGAUAUAUAUCUUGGGUGCCUCACAAUUUUGCAGCGAUCCUGCUGCCCCAUCUGUUAGAAGCGUUUUGUCAAAAGAGGUACUCGACACAUACAAAAAGUCAAAUCUAUAUGUCAAUGCAAUCUCAUUCAUAUUCAAAUUGAAGUCAGGUCCAUUUAAUGAGCAUAGUCCUAUUUUGAAUGAUAUACAUGUGUCCGUUUUCCUAUGGACAAAAGUAAGACAGGGGCUUUUAAAAAUGUAUUUGGUGGAGGUACUUGGAAAAUUUCCCGUGAUUCAGCACUUUUGGUUUGGUGAGCAAUUAUAUCCCUGGGUUGACGUAGCUUCAAAAAAGCCGCUUCCUGUCAAUUCGAGUGAAGAGACCAAGAGUACAAAUACUAAUGUCGAUCAAAAGCUUAAUAGCCCGGGCACAACUGCACCUUGGGCCAAGCGUGAAUAUAACCACAGCACAUCCUAUACACACGUAAAUAGAUAA